AUGGUUCUUCCCACGUCACGGAAAAGAUGUAUCCGCUGCCUCCAGCCUGUUGAGUGGCGGGCCCGGGCUGCGCUGCCGGGGCUCUCUGCGCCCGGGGGUCCGGGUUGUGCCUCUUCCCGGGCCCUUCUGCGGGGCGGGGCGGCGUCACCCCGGGGCGCCCUUCGGCAGCUGGCGUUCCCUCGUAGCUCCGUGGUCCGGCUCGAAAUCGGCGAAGCUGACUUCGUUGUCCUCUGUGAUGCCCUGAAAGUGUCGGAGAGCGUGAGGGAGAAAGCGUGGAAGACGUAUGAGAGCUUAUCGGCCGUGGAUGGAGCUCUAGCUUAUAACAAAAAGAAAAAGGAAACAUGGGGAGUCUGUAUCUUUAUUGUAGCAAUUGAUCUGGAUGAAAUGACAUUCACUUUCACAGAGCUUCUGAAAAGUAUAAGCAUAAGUGUAUGCACAUUUUUUCAGUUUCUGAAAGAGGUGGAUGUUAACAUGGAUACUGUAAGCACUAAAGUUGAUAGCACUGUAUCAAGGCUGAAAAAGAAAUAUGAUGUAUUACUUGCACUGUACCACAAGUUUGAAAGGACUUGUGGCCUUAUUUAUCUGGAACAACCUAGUAGUGAGAUUUCUGCUGAACUCAGUUCUGUAUUAGUCCUAAAAAAUUACUGGAUUACUUUUUUGCUGGCAAAAGGUAAAGUGUUGCAAGUGGAAGAUGACUUGGUGAUUUCUUUCCAGUUGUUGCUGUGUGUCUUAGAUUAUUUUAUCAAACUGUCACCUCCUGCUAUGCUCAAGGAACCAUACAAGUCUGCUGUGACUGCAGUGACUGUUAAUGGUUCAGCUCGAACUCCAAGAAGAGGUCAGAACAGGAGUACACGUACUUCAAAGCAAACUGAUACCGAUACAAAAGUCAUUGAAGUCCUUUGUAAAGAGCAUGAUUGUAAUUUAGAUGAGGUCAAAAAUGUGUAUUUCACAAGCUUUAUUCCUUUCUUGAAUUCUAUUGGUAUUGCAGCGUCAAAUGGACUACCAGAGGUUGAUGUUCUCUCGAAACAGUAUGACGAGCUCUAUCUCAAAAACAAAGAUAUAGACGCAAGAUUAUUUCUGGAUCAUGAUGAAACUCUACAGCCUGAUGUCACAGCAUGCUCACAGUUGGAGAGGACACCACUAAAAAACAAUCCAGAUGAGGAACUUAAUCUUAUACUUCCACAGACUCCUGUUCGAGCUGCAAUGAAUAACAUUCAGCAAUUGAUUAUGAUUUUAAACUCAGCAACUGAUAAACCGUCAGAUACUCUCAUCAUAUAUUUCAAUAAUUGCACAGUGAACCCUAAGGAUAGUAUCCUGAAAAGAGUGGAAAGUCUUGACCACAUCUUCAAAAAGAAAUUUGCUGAAGCAGUUGGACAGGGAUGGGCUGAAAUUGGCUCACAGAGAUAUAAGCUUGGAGUACGUCUAUAUUACAGAGUAAUGGAGUCUAUGCUAAAGUCGGAGGAAGAGCGCCUCUCAGUGCAGAAUUUCAGCAAACUUCUGAAUGAUAACGUCUUCCACACAUCUCUUCUGGCAUGUGCUGUUGAGGUUGUCAUGGCUACAUAUGGCAGAAAUGCCUCACAAAGUGAUGGUACCAGUGCUGAAACAGACUUGUCUUUCCCAUGGAUCCUCAAUGUAUUUGAUUUAAAAGCUUUUGACUUCUACAAGGUGAUUGAAAGCUUUAUUAAAGCAGAGCCAAGCCUAACAAGGGAAAUGAUAAAGCAUCUAGAACGCUGUGAACAUCGAAUUAUGGAGUCUCUUGCUUGGCAAUCUGCCUUAGGGCAGGCCGUGGCUCGUUGUGUUACCGACUACAGCCAUAGUCGUGGGUUCAAUCACAUGAGUGACUUCAGCGCUGGCAAAUGA